GUAAGAUUGUAGAACCAAUCCAAAGAAAAGGACGCCUGACGGUAGCAAACUAUGCGGUUUCUAGAUUCAUUGCGACGAUUAGAUGCAUAUCCUAAGAUAGAUAAUGAGUUUAGCAUACGCACCGUUAGUGGAGCGGCACUUACGCUGCUGAGCACGGUCGUAAUAGUUACCCUAGUGAUAGGCGAAAUCAAUGCCUACCUUUCACCCAACAUUUCGGAAGAAUUGUUCGUGGAUACGACACGGGGCCACAAGUUGAAAAUCAAUCUAGAUUUUACCAUCCCGAGAAUAUCAUGCGAUUAUGUAUCACUGGAUGCGCAAGAUUCAACCGGCGAGCAACAUUUGCACAUCGAGCACAACAUCUACAAACGGAGGGUCGAUUUGCAGGGGAAUCAGAUCGAAGAACCGAAGAAGGAGGACAUUCAAGCGUCGACGAAACGUAUUGCCAGCACGGAAGCACCAUCGGUGACAACGACACUAAAACCGGCUUGUGGAAGUUGUUACGGUGCAGCUAAAAAUGCUUCCCAGUGCUGCAACACAUGUCAGGAAGUUAUUGACGCGUACCGUGAGCGCAAAUGGAACCCGAACGUGGAAGACUUUGAGCAGUGCAAAAACAGCAACGAUGCUAGUAUCGAAGGCAAAGCGUUCAGUGAGGGAUGCCACAUCUACGGUACAAUGGAGGUGAACCGAGUCGAGGGUCGAUUCCACAUUGCACCGGGCAAAAGCUUUUCUAUCAACAAUAUCCACGUGCACGAUGUGCAACCGUACUCGUCGGCACGGUUUAACACGACGCACCGCAUCAACACGCUUUCGUUUGGGGAACAAUUUGAGUUCGGAACGACCCGACCGUUGGAUGGACUGAUGGUGGAAGCGACGGAAGGUGCAAUGAUGUUCCAGUACUACAUAAAGAUCGUUCCCACAAUGUUCGUCCCGCUGAAGGGGCCAACGCUAUAUACCAAUCAAUUUUCCGUCACCAAGCACCAGAAAAGUGUGACGGCUAUGAGCGGUGAGACGGGCAUGCCAGGCAUUUUCGUCAACUAUGAACUAUCGCCACUGAUGGUUAAAUUUACCGAGAAACGCAAUUCGCUCGGUCACUUUGCUACGAAUGUAUGUGCAAUAAUAGGCGGUAUCUUCACGGUGGCCGGUAUAAUCGACUCGCUACUCUUCACCUCGAUACAUGUAAUUAAACGAAAAAUUGAACUAGGAAAGGCAAGCUAAUGUUGUU